UGUAAUGGUUUGUAUGAGGAUAAAGAACAUGUUACCUGUCACCUCUGUCAACUUAAGACUGAAGUUUGGGGUCCCUCAGUCUGUGUCUAACAUUUCUCAGCAUCUAGACAGCAGUGAGCAAACAGCCACACUGGAAAAGACAGACAGUACCAUUCUGUGGAAAUUAAAAUCACUGGCUCCACAUGCUGAAUCUGUCGCUCAGUUUAGGUUGAUUAGUCAAAGCGAUGCUCUAAAUAGGGAGGAUGUUGGACCUCUAAGAAUGGAGUUUGAAAUUUCUGGUCAUCUGCUAUCAGGGAUGAAGAUAAAAACUGUGAAAAUUGUGAAUCAAGAGCAGACAACUCCACAGAAGUGGCUGAGAUACAUAACUGUCAUGAUUCAUUUCUUGUCAAACUUGUGUAGUCAAGAAAAUGAAGAGAAGAUAAAGGUUUAUAAGAAAAAGUGUGCAAUUUAUUUUUAUUAUAGCCUAUUAAAGUUACCUUUAUUACUGCAAUGUGUACAAUUUGUUUUUGUGAUAGAUACAUGUGAUUUAAAUCUCUUGAUUAUUCCCAAUGUGUAGAAAACAUCAAUGAUAUAUUAUCCUCAGUCAGAUGAUUAUAUGAAGUUAUGCACACUGUAUGAUGCUGAUGACAACAACUACAUGUAUAUUCUUUCAAAAAACACUGUUUUUUAAACUUUAUACUUUCUGAUAUUAUAAUCUACAGAAUUUCACAAUGCAAUGCAUUGUAAUUUUGUCUUGUUGAUAAAAGAUCAUCAAUAUUAUUAGUCCAGUGUUUGAUCUAGAACAUCUAAUUUAUAAGAAACGGAAUAUUUACACGUACAUUUAAUGAAUAUAUAUUUAAAUCUAAGAUUUUGAUAGACAGUGAAGGGCAUUGAAGUUUCGGGGAAAACAUUUUCCAAUUUGCUUCUCUUUGUUUGCUUACAAUGUUACUGUUACAGUAAUAAAUACUGUUUAUCAGCUGCAAAAAAGGAAUUAAAUUCAAUGUAAAUAAAGUAUAUUACAUUUUCAAAAUUACAUUUACAUUAAACACUUUGCUGCAUACAAUAUCUAAGAUUAU